AUGGCCUCAACAACUCGCAUGACACGGCAUUAUGCCACGAAGAAACCAGCCGAAGAAGGAGAUGACAGAAGUCCAGAGGCAGAAGAAGAGGGAGAAGAAGCGCGCUCGCCGCCGCCGCCGCCAGGCGGAGAAAUGAAGGAGCCGACGACUCCUUCGGGGGCCGAAGUCACCGAGCCCCCACGAGCCACCGAUCCUCUCCCCGAAGACAUGCCCCUGCCCAAUGGCCUGCCUGACUGGACCUUGGUGAAGGUUGAGGAUGAUGUUGAUGCCAAGGUCAAGCUGUAA